AUGGGCCUCCUCUCUCCACCCGACUCACCCUUCGCCCCGCCCUCAUUCUUGUUCACCCUCAUCUACCACCCUGUCACUUCUCUUUUCACAUUUAUCCACUACCUUUCACUCUCCUUACGCGGCGCACCCUACAAACCACCAAAGAAUAAAAUUCCUAUUCGCGUCGUCUGUCUCUCCGAUAGUCACAGUAAAAUCCCCGCUAAAGCUAUCCCACGAGGGGAUGUGCUCAUCCAUGCGGGUGACCUGACCAACAAUGGAACCCUUCGAUCCAUCCAGCAGACCAUAGACUGGCUCAAGACCAUGCAAAAGCCCUGGCCAGGCUCUGCAGAUGGCUUCCGGCAUAUAAUCGUCAUCGCCGGCAACCACGAUAGCUACUUUGACGAGCGCAGCCGCAGCGCUCAAGACACCCGCUAUCCUAAGCGGAAGCUCGACUGGGGACGAAUCCACUACCUACAGCACUCCUCCGUCUCCCUGUCAUUUCCCGACGAUAGAGUACUGAAAGUCUAUGGUGCUCCCCAGAUCCCCAAGGUGGGAGGUAAAGAGCAUGCAUUCCAAUAUCCACGUGGGCAAGAUGCAUGGUCCAAUACCGUUCCAGACGACGUCGACAUCCUCAUCACCCAUAACCCACCUAAAUGGCAUUUGGACCUAGCGCAGAAUGGCGGAAUGGGUGAUGAACACGAAUUGAGGGAAGUCUGGCGAGUAAAACCCACCCUACAUGCUUUUGGCCAUGUGCAUUCCGGCCAUGGCUCCGAGUCAGUCUGGUGGGAUGAUGGCCAGCGACUCUUUGAAGAAUUCCUCGCAAAGGCAUACAACAAGCCCGCCGAGACUCUCGAGAGUCACAGACUUCCAUUAACUGAGCUCUUCGACAUUCCACUUUGGUUACUAGGUUUCAAAUGUACCGCUGCAGAUAUCAGGGGCUUGUUGUGGACCUACCUCUGGGGCGGGGCUAGGCAAGGCGGAUUUAUGGUCAAUGGAGCUUUGACCUAUAGGACUACUGAGAAGCUGCGCAACAAUCCUCGCGUUGUGGUCCUAUAG